AGGGACCUGCCCUGCUCCAUCAUCACCAGCUGAGCCCGACAUCAUGAAUCGUCUGUGAGGGCCUUAAAGUGAUACGUUAGUUAUUUGUCAGUUGGAAUACAGUGAUACGACUUAAAUCAUUUUAAUUAGCCUUGAAGAGUUUGUCUUCAUUUUAAGCGUUCGUAAAACUUGUAAACCACUUUUGUGAAAGAUGGCUGACAACGGAGCGCACCCGGCUGAAGAGGACCCAGCAGCGGCUUUCCUGGCUCAGCAAGAGAGUGAGAUAGCGGGGAUCGAAAACGAUGGAGAGGGCUUCGGGACGUUGGUCGGAGCGUGCGAUCAACAAGAACAACAACAAGAACAGCAGGGGCAACAGCAGCAGCAGCCUAACUACGAGUUUUUCCAGGAAGAACCUGCUACACUGAACGGGGAUCUGUUUCAGGAGGCCAAUGGCCCAACAGACUCUUAUGCAGCUAUCGCCCAGGUGGAUCAUCAGAGGCAAGAGCCAGAAAGUUUACGCAAGUGGAGGGAGGAACAGAAGGCACGGCUUGAAGCAUUAGAUUUAGCAUCCAAGGCAGCAGAGGCAGAGUGGCGAGAGAAAGCCAAAAAGGAGCUGGAGGACUGGCACAUACACCAGAAUGAGCAGAUGGAGAAGAACAAGGCCAACAACAGGAUUGCUGACAAGGCUUUCUACAAACAGCCUAACUCUGAUGUUAUAGGCUUUGUAGCUUCAGAGGAGACUUUCCUGGCGGAGAGCGAUGGCGACAGUCCAGGAUCCCCGUGGGAGAGAGUAGCUCGUCUGUGCGACUUCAAUCCUAAAACCAACAAACAGUCAAAGGAUGUGUCUCGGAUGCGUUCUGUCCUCAUUUCGCUCAAACAGAUGCCUCUCAUUCGCUAGAGAACAGAUGGAAUGUUGCCUUUUCAGUUUUAGCCUCAUGUUACAUCGUAAAUGGCCUUUUACCAUCAACCUACUGGUAUGUUUUUAAUGUUUGACAUCUUCCUGUCUUUCUUUAUGUCAACACUAAUCAUGCACUUCCCUGGACUUUGUUUAUGGCCCGGUCACACGGCGAUUCCUGAACGAAGGGGG